AUGAACGACCUCUUCUCUGCCGGCUCCUACCCUGGCUUCUCUCGCUUCCGAAGCGAGCAACCCUCCCCGGAUUACCAUCUCAUUGAGAUAUCCUCCACCGGCGUCAACCUCAACAAUUUCUUCGAGGACGUGGACGCCGUCAAGGCCGAGCUCAAUGAGCUGGACCGCCUCAACGAGGCCCUCCGGAGCGCCCACGGCCAGACCCUCACCCACCACAACGCCAGGGCCGUCAAGGACCUCCGCUCCAGCAUGGACGCCGACAUGGCCCUCACCCUCAAGAAGGCCAAGCUCGUCAAGGUCAAGCUCGAGGCCCUCGACCUCUCCAACGCCGCCAACCGGAGCCUCCCCGGUUCUUCGUCAGACCAGACCCGGAUCUCCGUCGUGAACGGGCUCAAGAAGAAGCUCAAGGACUCCAUGGACAGCUUCAAUGGCCUCAGGCAGCACAUCUCGUCUGACUACCGGGAGACCGUGAAGCGGAGGUAUUACACCGUCACCGGUGAAAAUCCCGAUGACAAGACUGUCAACCAUCUCAUCUCUACAGGGGAGAGUGAGAGAUUCUUGCAAAGAGCCAUUCAAGAGCAAGGCAGGUACAGAGUUCUGGACACUAUACACGAGAUUCAAGAGAGGCACGAUGCUGUAACGGAGAUGGAGAAGAAUCUGAAAGAGCUACACCAGGUUUUCCUGGACAUGGCCUUGUUGGGCCAGGCCCAAGGCGAGCAAUUGGAGGAUAUUACCCUCCACGUGGAGAGAGCUAAUUCGUUGGUGAGGGGUGGAACCCAGCAGUUGCAUACUCCCAGCACCGUGACUGCCAAGGCGUACCAGAAAAACACCCAGAAAUGGACCUGUUAUGGCAUUUUGCUUCUCUGCCUCUUAAUGAUCUAUCUGUAA